UACGGUAUAGUGUAGAGCUCGCCGUACGAGGUCAGUAAUCGUGGCAGCACCAUGGCGUGUCGAUCAGUUAGUUUGCGUGUGCAACUUGCCCACCUUACCCGAUCGAAAUCGCUUGGUUUUCAACCUUCUCAAGUGCUCGGAUUUCGUUGCUUGACAUCUCAAAGAGCUGAAGGGCAAGACCUGGUGACCCAUACUGGUCAGUCAUGGUCUCCAGACGACUACCGGAAUGUUCGUUUCCUUGACAACCCAAAGCAAGUCAACUCGCGAUGGUCCAUCGACCUGAUCAAAGCUGUGCCUCCCGUGGUGGUUGAGGGACGCACGGCUGUGUGUGAGGGAGGGCCGUCGGAGGCUCUCGGUCAUCCCAAGAUAUACAUAAACUUGGACCAACCUGGUAAUCAUUCUUGUAGUUACUGUGGCAUCAGGUUUGUUAAGAAAGAGACGGCCCACUAAAACUCAAGAGUCCGUGGCUGCGUUCAAACUUGUAUAUAUGUUUAGUUAAUGAAAUAAAUUAUUGAUCUAACUGUCAAUUUGAUGAAACCCAGUUUUUAUGAAUUGUGGAAACGCAAUUAUAUUAUGCUGCAUUUGCGACAAAUUUCGAAUUUAUGGAAGGAGAUGUAAUACAUGUUUUACAAAAAUAUUUAUUGGCAGUUUCUGUGACAACACUUCUUCCAAUGCCAACAUACGAUACAAAUAUUGCUAGCCUGCAAGUAUAGCAAAGAAUUGAAUUCACGAUAAAUCUGCUAAUUAACCAGAGCCUGUGUAAUUUCUGUUUAAGAUAGUCGAAUUUAAUUCGAA